AUGGAAAAUUUUGACAAUUUUGAACCCUUAGGGAAAGGAUCUUACAGUGAAGUCUACAAGGUCACUAGGAAGCAGGACAACAAGGUAUAUGCCCUGAAGAAGGUGAGCAUUUCCAAUCUUGCGAGUAAGGAGCAACAGAAUGCACUAAAUGAGGUCAGGAUUCUGGCCUCUAUCAAACAUACCAAUGUUAUCGCUUUUAAGGAAGCAUUCAUUGAUGACAAGCAAGAGUUCUUGUGCCUCGUCCUGGAAUACGCUGACGGAGCUGAUCUUUAUCAGAAGAUUAAAGAGAAAGUCAAGCAGAACGAGUACUUUGAAGAAGAGCAAAUCUGGAGAGUUCUUAUUCAUGUACUUAGAGGGCUCAAGCAAUUACAUGACUUGAAAAUUAUGCAUCGGGAUCUUAAAAGUGCAAACGUGUUUUUAACAACUGACGGGAUUGCUAAAUUGGGAGACAUGAAUGUUUCCAAAACUACGAAUACUAUGGUCCUGAAUCAUACUCAAACAGGAACCCCGUAUUAUGCCUCUCCCGAAGUCUGGAAUGAUCAGGUUUAUGGUAGCAAGAGUGACAUCUGGUCCCUUGGUUGUGUGAUAUAUGAGAUGUGCACCUUAAAACCACCCUUUCGGGCUAAAAACUUCGAAGAACUGUAUAAGAAAAUUGCUAAGGGCUCCUAUUCCAGGAUUCCAAAGUGCUAUUCCAAUGAGUUAUCUGGAAUUAUAAAAGUACUUCUCAAAGUAAAUCCGGAGAUGAGGCCAUCCUGUGAUAAACUGCUAUCUUCAUAUUUAAUCAGAGACAAGAUCAAAAAGUAUGGAAUGGAAGAGUCCGAUGAAAGCUCUGUGGGAGAGCUACUAAAGACAAUCAUGUUCAAGGAUAUCGGAAAUCUCCAAAACAGCCAGAUGCCAGACCCUCAGUAUGGAAAUUUGGAAUAUCUGGACAACAGAAAAUCAGGAAAACUGAAGUCUCGAUCUAAAUCACCUAUAAUCAAUUUUAUGAAGUCAAAAGAAAAGAUGAACAGGUCAACGAAUGAUCCUCCGUCGUAUUUGGUCAGGAAAUCUAAGAACAACAAAAGCCCCACUAACCGAUGUCUUGGGAAGGAUGCCGAGGCACAUUUGUAUGAGUCACCUUACCAAAGGAUCAGCAGAAAACGGAAUGAUUCAAAAACGGGAUCGGUUGCUACCACAGGAGUGUCUACACCACUGAUAAAAUAACAAUUACUCUCGGUUACGGAAAAAGCCAACUAACAUCCAAACGACUGUUGAUGAAGUCGUUAGUAAAAUUAAGACAUCUAUUAAUAAAGGAAAUAUUUUAGAGCAGUCUCAUAAACUUCAAAGCUUGAAGAAGAUCCUGAAUAGGAAAGGAAAGGCACACCGGAAUAAGAGCAGAGUAAUCUUGAAUGAGAGCAAUACGACCUCGAAGCAUAAUACUACAGAGGUCCAUGAGCAGACUAAGAGGAAACAUAGACCUGAUUCUGACAUUUCCUUUCCUAGGAUACCUGGUGGGGCUCGACAGAAGUAUAAUAUUGAUAAAGAGAAGUUAAAAUUCUUAAAAUCUCAGAGAGACAAGAAGCAAGAUCUCCUGAAACUCGAGCAAUCUAGAACUAAAGAUAAUAUCCUGUUGCUAAACAGCCUCCAGCUUAGAAAGAAAGCAAAUUCAAGGAAUUACAAUUGAAAAACUACACAAUCUAAGCCGGAGAAGUUCAUAAAGAAAUCAAAGGGAAAGAGUGGGUACAAGAUGUUUCUGCCCAAAAUUAAAAGCGGGAUGCUUACUGAUGAAAGUCUUUGUCAAUACAAAAAUGGGGAGUAAUUUCUAACCUUAACUC